AUGGCAAAGGGGAAAGGAAAAAAUGUCAACAGCCACUUACGGGCGAGACUGGAUUACCUGCACAAAGCCGCCACCUAUCUCCACUCCACAACCAUAGCUUCCAAGCUGCCACAGACCCAGCAGAGCGAUAACGAAAACAAUGCUAGUGAUGAAAAGCGCGACAUCGAAAACAUUUCGACCCGGACUGUGCCGCAAAUUUUGAGCCCCGGUGCUACUGCUAGUGCUGUCGAGAAGGUGUCCGGUAGUGUCAGCAAAAAACAGGAACCGAAUCUUAAUCGCCUACCCAAUCUAUCCCGAGCCUAUAUCUCACAGCUUCGCGGAAUAUCGUUAAAGACACAGCUUCGGUUACCUCAGGAAGUGAAGCGGUCAUUCUGUAAGCGAUGUGAUACUUUGCUUGUGUCUGGUGUCAGCUGCAUGCAGGGGAUCAGGAACGCCAGUCGCGAAGGCAAGAAGCCGUGGGCUGAUGUUCGGAUCGUGCGUUGCACAACAUGUGGUACGGAGAAAUGCUAUCCUCAGGCUGGCAAGCGAAGCAAGAAGCUUGCCGAACGGAAGAAAGGAAAGGAGCAGAAGGAAAGACAAGCUGCAGAAACGUGA